GAGGCCCAGGCCUCCCUCUCCAGCUUUGGACGUCGCUGCCGCGCUCUGGAAGCUUAUCGAAGGGGCAGCUCAAGUGUGACGUUUCGUUUUCAUCCUGGCGCCGUGCCUGGGGCUCAUCACACCCUGCUGCGGAUUUGAACAGCGCUCAUCUAUCCCGGUGCGCAGGACCGCGUGCUUCCCAGCCACCUAGCACCCGGCGACCGGACUACAGCCAAGGACCCAACCAGACCGCCAAGGCGGCGCCCGGCGAGGAGCAGGGCCCUCGCGUGCCCUCGGCCUCGGAGGAACACAGCCGGGGGCGGGGCCUCGCGGGCGCCGUACGGCACACGCGCCGAGAGACGCCGCGAGGGCGGGGCUACGUCGGGGCGGGGCCGCGGCGCGCGGGAAGCGCCUGCGGGUGCUGCAGGCCGUGUCUUCGGCCUCCGCGGCGCGUGAUGGCUCUGUCGGUACCCGGCUACUCGCCCAGUUUCAAAAGGCCGCCAGAGACAUUGCGGCUCCGACGGAAAAGGGGCCGGAGCCUUGGGGCCGCCUCCCCGACCGAGAAGCGGCCCGAGCCGGCGACCCGCCGCGCCGCCCUGACGGCCGGGCUGCCCCUCCGCCCUUUCCCGGCAGCGGGCAGAGGCGGCGGCGGCCCGGCCGCGUCCCGAAGGAACCCCUUCGCCCGCUUGGACAACCGGCCGCGGGCCGCCGCCGAGCCUCCCAACGGGCCGUCCCGCGGCCAGCAGGAGGCGCCGGGCCCGUUUUUAGAUUCUAAUCAAGAAAAUGAUUUGCUAUGGGAAGAGAAGAUUCCUGAAAGAACAGCCAUUACUGAAUUACCCCAGACUCCUCAUGUAUCAUUCUCCGAAUCUGAUAGUCCAUCCUCAGAAAGUACUGAGUUACCUGUGGACUGGAGUAUUAAAACUCGACUCCUUUUCUCCUCUUCUCAACCCUUUACCUGGGCAGAUCAUUUGAAAGCACAGGAAGAGGCUCAAGGUGUCAUCCAGCAUUGUAGGGCAACAGAAGUUACUUUGCCUCAAAAUAUACAGGAUCCCAAACUCUCCACUGAGCUGCGUUGUGCCUUCCAGCAGAGCCUUAUCUAUUGGCUGCACCCUGCCUUGUCUUGGCUACCACUGUUCCCUCGUAUUGGAGCUGACAGAAAAAUGGCUGGAAAGACAAACCCUUGGUCAAAUGAUGAAACCCUGCAACACAUUUUAAUGAGUGACUGGUCUGUGAGCUUUACUUCUCUGUAUAAUCUGCUGAAGACAAAACUUUGCCCCUAUUUCUACGUUUGUACCUAUCAGUUUACUGUCCUGUUCCGUGCAGCGGGAUUAGCAGGAGAGGAAGUAAUCACGGCUCUCAUCUCUCCUACAGCUAGAGGUCUAAGAGAAGCUAUGAAAAACGAAGGUAUUGAAUUUUCUUUGCCUUUAAUAAAAGAAAGUGGCCAUGAAAAGAGGAAAGCGUCUGGAACAAGCUUGGGACAUGGGGAGGAGCAAGCAGUCAGCGAUGAGGACGAAGAAGAAAGCUUUUCAUGGCUGGAAGAGAUGGGUGUGCGAGAUAAAAUUAAAAAACCAGAUGCACUUUCUAUCAAGCUGCGUAAAGAGAUACAUGAAGUCCAAAUGGAUCACAGACCCGAGUCUGUUGUGUUGGUGAAGGGAACGAAUACCUUUACAUUGCUAAAUUUUUUGAUCAACUGUAAGAGUUUAAUUGCUACCUCAGGUCCCCAGGCAGGACUUCCACCAACCCUCUUAUCACCUAUAGCUUUCCGAGGCGCCACAAUGCAAAUGCUUAAGGCGCGAAGUGUAAAUGUGAAGACACAAGCUCCUUCUGGAUACAGAGAUCAAUUUAGUUUGGAGAUUACAGGUCCUAUCAUGCCUCAUUCUCUACAUGCCGUGACUAUGCUACUCAGAUCUUCACAGAGAGGGUCAUUUUCUGCAGGACUGUAUACACAUGAGCCAACUGCUGUAUUUAAUAUCUGCCCAGCAAAGGAUAAAGUACUGGAUAAGGAGGCCAUUCGUGAGGAGCUUGCCAACUGUGGAUUGCACCCUAAAACUCUGGACCACCUUAGUCAAACACCGAUACUGGGGAAAUCAUCUUUACGGCAUGUGGAAAUGCAUGACUUCAUUUAUAAUUGGAGAUCCUGAACACCAAAGUAAGCCUAAAAGGAAUCUUUGAGGAAAAAAGCCUUCUAGCAAGGAAAUUCAAGAUUCUUAUAUCUUUGGCUUUAAAGUUCACUUCGGAAGUUUAAAGGAAUAUAGCUUUUAAAAUACUCAAAUGUUUACAAACAUUAACCUUUUACAAUACUUUUAUUACAUGCACUAAGCAGUAAAUAGGAUUAAGGUUUCCCUGGUGGCGCAGUGGUUGGGAGUCCGCCUGCCGAUGCAGGGGACGCAGGUUCGUGCCCUGGUCUGGGAGGAUCCCACGUGCCACGGAGUGGCUGGGCCCGUGAGCCAUGGCCACUGGGCCUGCACGUCCGGAGCCUGUGCUCCGCAGGGGGAGAGGCCACAGCGGUGAGAAGCCCGCGUACCGCCAAAAAAAAAAAAAAAAAAAAAAUCAACGUUUUUAUUCUUUUGAUUAGAUAUUCAGAUAUGAACUUUUUAAAAACUUCAAAAACCUUGAAUGAAAAUUCUAGAUCGAUUAUCCUAAUUAUAAAUUGGGUAGAAAACUGAGUGUUUCCUUGCAAAUGGAAGUUGAGGCUUAGUAUCAGUUAUCUCAUGCCAUUGUGACUAACAGCAUCAGGGCAAAACUAUCUUUAACAAUUUCCUUAGGAUUGUUAUUAGCAAGUUCUAGUUUUACAAAGGUAGAAAACAAAUGUAGACAGCAUCUACUGAGCUGAUUGUUGACGCUUCCACCUUAGUUGUUUUCCUACCUGUUUACAAUUCCUCUAUUCUCAAAAUACAUAUUACUUGUUGUAAUGCAUGUUAACUCAGAUAAGGGUAUUUUUGUAUUCCAUAUAGAAUAGGGUUAAGAGUUGUAAAGUAUGCUCAGCUAUCAUGACAAAGUAGUAUUUAAUAUGUUCUUGUAGGUAUUUGUGUAUGUGCGUGUAUAUAUAUAUAAUUCAAAUUUUCUUAAAUAAAAGUGCUUAGAAAUCAAAAGCAUUGGGUAAAGAAGUAACAGUAGUGAAGAAGUAUGUGUUCACUUUGUAAUCCAGAAAAUAAAACACCACGUUUAUUCCAGAGAAGUUUAUAUUUGGGCCUUAAGCUUUUGAAAAUAAAGUUUAGAGACAUAGCAUAUGAAUACCACUGUAAUACACAUGAAAUAUUCUAUCAAUCAGACCCUAAAAAUUAACAGAAACUUAACCCUUCUCAUAGUCAACAAAAUAGUGGCUGGGUGCCGAUUUUAUUAGGUAAGUUGGUUACAGCAUUUUAAUUAUCAUUUUACGUCUAUCUAGGUGUAGCUGAAAUUCAAAAUGCACAUCAAAGUAAAACUAUAUCACAACUCAAUGCCAUACUAAAUGUACUUGGCCUCUGCAGUAAAAUUCUAGUCAGACUUCCUUUUAACUCCCUUCUCAUUCAUGGCCCAAGUGGCUUUUGACAGAAACGCAGGACUUAGUGCUGAUCAUCACACAACAUACCACUUUCUUUUUUUUAUAACCUCUACAAAAUUUAAAGGGGAUACGGCGGCGUUAGCCCUGUGGAACAGAUCUUGCUUGAUUACCUCAAUAACACUGGCCCAGUAUCUGUCCAGCAGAACCCAUUGUGAACUAGUACAAGGUGCACAGCCCUUCACUGAUUACAGGCAAGUGUUACAGCAGCCUAGCCAUAAGUAAGGGGAGUUGACAUCAUAGUACAAAAUACAGUAUAAAAGCGUUAUUUAACAUUCCACACUGAAGAUUACGGAUGCCUUCAAACAGUCGUUUGGAUGUUAGCCACUUAAACAAAUACAUCACUAAGGUAAACAAUAUAAACAUACCAAAACCCUGUAUGGUUAAAUACAAUUUCCAUGGUACAAAAAUCAAAGCCUGGAGAUGUUU